GAUUCUGAGUCAUAACUGCUGGAUCUACAUUUUAAAAGUCACCUGUUGAACUCAUGUUUCAGAUCCACAAACAUCCUUCUGUGAGAAAUGCACCUGCUCGGUCAUCUGUUGUUCUUCACACUCACUCUUCACCUCGGUGUCGUCAAGGCUGGAAGAGCCCAGCGUAAACAGAGGCAGGCUGAAGAGAAGCUGAGGCCAUAUUUGGGCAGAGUGGAUCCUGAAUCCCUUUGUCAGUUGUUGAAAUGUCACAGUCCUAUUGGUUCCUGGUGCCAAGUAGUGAAGGAGGGGGGAGUUCUCGCCCCUAAAUGUGUGUGUCCAAAGACCUGCCCACGGCAGGUGGCACCAGUGUGUAGCGUUUUGGGGAAGACGUACAGCAAUGAGUGUCUUCUUCACAAGGAGGCCUGCCGCAAAAAACGACGCAUCGGCAAGGCACAUAGUGGAGCCUGUAUUGUGAGCAAGGCUGAGUGCUCUGAGGAAGAGUUCGGUCAGUUCCCGUACCGUCUGCUGGACUGGUUCCUACUCCUCAGCAGAAUGGGAGAGAGAUACACACCAGCCGCUCCCUCACAAAGCUGCCUCACACACACACAGCGAACCCAGCUUGCAGAGAGGAGGUUUGUUCUGCUGGAUCGUAAAAGGGACGGGAAGUUAAACAGGAGAGAUCUGAGAAAGCUCCACUACAAGCGGAUGCCACUGGAGCACUGCGCUCAAAGAUUCUUCCAGUCAUGUGACAAGAACAAGAAUAAGAAGGUGACCCUGAGGGAGUGGACAUCCUGUCUGGUUGACCAGUCAGAACGCUGGUUUCAGGAUUUCAUGUCCGUGAAGAUGGGCUCACCAAAGCUGUGUCCUGUCCCAGACAACAACCUGUAAAUUUUGGAUGCUUUAUCCAGGUGGAAUCAUAUUUUAAACCUUAUAAUAUACCUAGAAAUAAAAAUAUUUUAUAACUGGAGAAAGCUAGCCAUUUGCAUUCUUGUUGGAUUAGAAAUACAGCAAAUAGGGGUAAUGUGAAAUAUUCUUAGAAUUUAAAAUAACUAUUUUCUAUUUGAAUAUAUGUUAUAAAGUGUAAUUUAUUCCUGUGAUGUCAAAGCUGAUUUUUCAGCAGCCAUUACAUGAUCCUUUGGAAAUUAUUCUAAUAUGCUGAUUUACUACAUAAGAAACAUUUCUUAUUGUUAUCAUAAGAAUAAAAACUGUUGCUAUGAUUAAUAUUUUAAGGAUUACAAUAGAAAGUACAUUAUACAUUUCUUUACUGUCACUUUUGAUCAAUUUAAUACAUACAUGCUGAAUAAAAGUUUUUCUUUACCAAACAGGUUUUUCUUUUCUUCUUUUCAACUUUUUCAAAAAAGUUUUUCUUUUACACUGCAGCAUUUGAAACACAAUAGCUGUUGCC